UGGGGAGUGUUGCUGCACAGCUAUUUUCAGGUCUCUCCAGAGAUGUUCGAUCGGGUCCUUGAAAAGCUCUAUUAGUCCCAUGUAUUAGUAUUAUGAUUAAAAGCACUGGGGCAAGUGUCCAACAUGUUGAAAUCGCUCUGCCAUUUCCUGGUUGCUAAAAUUCAAAAUGUUGUUUAUGUGACAAAACAAGCAAUGUGUGAAGAGAAUCAAUGUACCAUCUAAAUCACUGUGAAAUAUAUUUUCAAUAAUUAAAAAUAUCAUAUUUUCAGCUGUUUGAAGUUGGUGGACAAAACUGAAAGUAAAAGACUCAAUAGGGAGUCUCCACUGUGGUUGCGGGGGAGGGGAUGCAGGCAACCCAGUAUCACAUAUUAUUGUGAAAUAGACACAAAUUGCUUAUUGAACAUUUGUGACAGGCACACUAAAAGUGUAUUUUUUCCUUAACCCCUAACACUAAUCUUAACCCCUAGCCUAGCUAACAUUAGCCACCUAGCUAGCCUAGCAAUUGUGUAAUACACACGAAAUGCGUUGUGAUGAACAUCUUGUAAAAGUGAACUUUUUCGUGUCCCUGUCACACAAGUCAUUUGUGUCUAUUUCACAAUAAGCUGUGAUAGUGUGUUGGAUGUGGGGGAGGGAAGAGAGUUGUUUUGAAUGUAUCCUACGUUUUAAUCUUUUUGGGUUUUUUUGUGGUAUUUGUCUUACUUUUUAGCUCUGCAUUGUUGGGAAAGGGCUCGUAAGUAAGAAUUUCACCUGUUGUAUUCGGCGCAUGUGACAAAUAAAAUGUGAUUUUAUUUUAUUUAGGUGUUGUUGCAAUUUACCUAGUUUCCGCAAGUGUUAUCCAUUCUACAUAGAGAUCCUUUAAAUUGAGAAGGUUGAUCAUAGCUACCAAAUAUUGACCCUCAGAGACAGUAGUUGAUAUUGCUCAGAAUAUUGGACAGUGGCCAUAUGUGCAUCAUAUUCUAAUAGUAUAGGAGCUAUUACAGUGUAUGUUUAUCUACAGUGCACUUUUACUGGUGGUUGAAUGGUAAAAAUAGAUGAUUGUAAUAGUCUUUCACAUAUUGUCAUGAUUGAUGGAGUGACACAUGGCUGUUCCCUCUUUCUGUCACCAGGAAAUGUAUCCGUGUGUGUCUUUCCUGCUCCUGCUGAUGGGCAGAGGUGUGCUCUCCCAGGAGGUGGAAGUAUGUUCCAAAUCAGUGGUGAACUCCUGCAGUGACUGCAUCAUAUCAGGAGCGUACUGCGUGUGGUGCAAACAACUGAACUUCACCAAACCAGGGGAGCAGGAAGCAGCUCGCUGUGACACCCGGGCUCAGCUAGUAGAGAGGGGCUGCAUGGAAGGAGACAUCAUAUCUCCCAUCAAUAUAUUUUCUUUUUCUAAGAACAGCACCCUGUCCAACAGUACAUUUGACAAGGACGAACCCAUCCAGCUCCGUCCUCAGGAGGUCAAUCUGAAGCUCAGACCAGGACUGCCUCAGACGUUCAAGCUGGAUUUUCAAAGAGUGGAGGGCUAUCCUGUUGAUCUCUACUACCUGAUGGAUCUCUCUUACUCCAUGGAGGACGAUUUGAGGAGCAUCAAGACUCUGGGAAAUGAACUGUUUAAUGCUCUGCAACGCAUCACAAAAAAAGGACGAAUAGGUUUCGGCUCUUUUGUAGACAAGACUGUCCUGCCGUUCACUAACACCAACCCGGAGAAGCUGAAUAAGCCAUGCGCCGAAACUGAGAAGUACUGCCAACCUGCUUUUGGCUACAGACAUGUUCUUAGCAUGACGGAGAACAAAGCUGAGUUUGAGAGAGAGGUCAACAAGCAGCGCAUCUCUGGGAACUUAGACUCCCCCGAAGGGACCCUGGACGCCAUCAUGCAGGCUGCGGUCUGUGGGGACAGGAUUGGCUGGAGGAAUAGCAGCACUCGGCUUAUCGUUCUGACCACCGACGAUGGCUUCCACAUGGCAGGGGAUGGCAAGCUGGCUGGCAUACUGGAGCCCAAUGAUGAGAGAUGUUACAUGGACAACAAGCUGUACACAAAGAGCAAUGUCAUGGACUACCCAUCUGUUGGUCAAGUGGCUAAUCAGUUAGAGAAGAACAACAUUCAGCCAAUCUUUGCUGUGACGAAGAAAAUGGAGAAGGUAUACAGGGAACUCAGUAAAAUGAUCCCCAAGUCUGAGGUGGGAGUGUUGUCAGCUGACUCCCAUAAUGUCGUUGAAUUGAUUGAAAAUGCCUACAAUAGGCUCUCCUCCAAAGUGACGGUGACUCAUGAUGCUCUCCCUGACAAUGUGAGAGUCACUUACACUCCACUUUGUCCUGAAGGGGGACCCACAAGGGACAAAGGAGUAUGUGACAAUGUGGGUGUGGGACAGAUGGUGUCUUUCAACGUAACAGUGACAGCGGAUGAAUGUAUGGACAGUGAAAUGUCUUUCCUGAUUGGCCCGUUGGGUAUAAAAGACAAGCUGAAGGUGAGCUUGUCGACUCGCUGCAAGUGUGAGUGUCAUGACCCUGUGAUGGUCAAUAACACGUACUGCGACAGGAAGGGCCAAGUCAACUGUGGCAUGUGCAGUUGCAAAGCCGGCUUCGUGGGCCAGAAGUGUGAGUGCUCCAUCGGGGAGAAGGACGAGAGCUCUCUGAGAGCGGCAUGCCGGAAGGACAACGGCACGGAGUGCGAGGGACGAGGGGACUGUGUGUGUGGCAUUUGCCAGUGCUACGCCUUACAAGGCGGCAGCACCUACUACGGCACGCACUGCGAGUGUGAAAACGAGAGCUGCGAGAAGUUCCAGAACAAACUGUGUGGAGGGAACGGGAAAUGCCGUUGCAAAAAUUGCGAAUGCAACCCCGGGUAUGAGGGCACCACCUGCCAAUGCAAGAAGUCGGACGAGCGGUGUCGCACACCAAGCGGGAGUGUGUGCAGCAACAGGGGCACAUGCCAGUGUAACCAGUGCAAGUGUAUCGAGGGCUACCAGCGACCCUACUGUCUGACCUGCCCCGCCUGCCAAACCCCCUGUAUAACCAAGGGGAAAUGCAUUGAGUGUCUGGGCUUUCAGACAGGCCCAUUCAGUAAGAACUGCUCCCAGGCCUGUAAGAGUAUUAAUGAAUUCAAGAUGGUGGAGACGUUGCCACCUGGUAAGCCUUGUGAUGUGAGGGAUGUGGAGAACUGCCGAGUGUUCUUUACCAUUUCACAGUUGGAUGGAGAGGACAACUACAACGCCCAAAUACUAAAGACCAGAGAGUGUCCCGAGUUGCCAAACAUCUACGCCAUCAUUGGAGGCUCCAUCGCAGGCGUGGCUGUCAUCGGCAUCAUGAUCCUGCUCCUCAUCAAAUUCUUAAUGUACCUCCAAGACCAGAAGGAGUUCCGCAAGUUUGAGAAUGAGAAGCAGAAAUCCAAGUGGUCGCAGGCAGACAAUCCACUAUUCAAGAAUGCAACCACCACCGUGGCUAACCCUACCUUUACUGGAGAAUAAGUUCAGGGACAGAAGUCAGCUAAGACAUUCAGUUGGAUGCAAAUGCAUACAUUUAUUGUUUCUGUUUUAAUGUGCAUUUUAUGUAGAUUUAUUAAUUCAUUUAUACAUUGGUCUGUCUUUUUUAUGUGUCCUGAGUCUGAACAUUUUGAGAAUGACAGAACCUGUACUGAUGGAGAACAAAAAACUGCUGCAAUGUUGCUACAUUAUCUUAUUUAUAUAGCCUGUUAUCUUAUAUCUAGUUGGAGUCAAUUCCAUUUAAGCUCAAUUAAAUGCAGGAAUUAGUUUAGAAAAGCCCUGAAUAGUUUUGUGCAAGGCAGUUUUUUUUUGUCGAAUGAAAGUGUUAUGAACUGUUGUGUAAAAAGUUGGACACAUUGUUCAACUUCAUGAAACCUAUUAAAGGCCCAGUGCAGUCA